AUGCCCCCCAACGUAUGGCUAGCACAGGACAAUGCCAACCCCGAGAUCAAAUACAUCCUCAAACGACCCUCCGAAGACAAACCCCACACCAAGGAAUCACAUAUCACUGCCCUCACUGCAUUCACCCACGAACUGGAAAUGCAGAAACUCUUCGCCCAAGAACCCAUGAUUCGCUCCCUCGUGGAUUACAUCCCUGAUUCAGAACCCACCGGACCAAUGAUGGUCCUGGAAGCAAAUACGAGGCCGUUUACGACGACGGAGAUCAAGUGGAUCAUGAAGGGCGUUCUUUUGGGGAUUUUUACGGUGCAUAUGAAAGGGUUGGUUUAUACAGAUUUAAAGCUGGAGAAUGUUGCGCUUGGGGGGUUUGAUCCCGCCAAACCGAAUGAUAAUGUCCGUGAUUUGAUUGUCAGACUUGCGGAUUGCGGGUCUAGUAUCAGACCAUCUACUGCUACUAGGCAAAUCACCUCGCUUACGUAUCGAAGCCCCGAGGUACAUUUCGGGGAACCAUGGAGUCAGAGUACGGAUGUUUGGUCUUGGGGGGUGAUUUUAGCCCAAUUACUCCAGGCCCAGGUUGAUUUCCAAUCCCCGGGAAUGUACUAUUCAAUGAGCGUCGGAACCCUUGUGGAAAAGGAAAAGGCCAUUCGCGAUCAAUUCGCCAUUGACUUUGACUUAUCCUCUGUGCCACUUUAUGCUGAGGACGAGCAAUGUGCCAAGUUGUUGCCUGCGGCGCAGCCAGAAGAAGCAUAUAUGUGGGCAAACACCAUGGUUGAGAAAGGUGUGGCAGGUGAAGAUAUUCAGUUCCUGGUGGAGGUUUUACAUCCCGAUCCGGAGGCUAGGCUUACGAUACCUGAGAUUUUGGAAAGUGGGUAUUUGGAUUAG